AUGAUUUGUAGAAGGCAGUUUCACAUACGAUUGAAACUCGUGGGGAAACCUCUUAGAUCUCCCUCAUUUCGUCUGUUCCACCAAUUGCCCCCUGGUUGGGGUUCCGGUUCGAAUUCCAGUCGAACAGGAAGGAAAGUAAUGGGUGGAGCUUUGGGUUUGUUAGUCUCUGGAUGUGGAUAUGCUUUGCAUACACUGCAACUGAUGCUAAAUAACGAUGUGCACUCAGUCAAUUCUACCAUACAUGAACUUAUACCCAAGAAGGACGAAGAGACAUUUGAAAUGGGACUUUUCAAGUCUUCCCAAGCAGAGGAAAAGGAUGAAUACGAUCAUUACCGCCAGGAGCGGGUAAAGAAAGGAUCAUAUGUGUUACGGAUACUUUAUAGAGCUUGGUUUACGUUUGAAGAUUGGGUAUUGGAUCCCUUGAUAACCUUUGGUAGAUUUUUGGAGUUACUGGGGAUCUUUGUACCUGUGUUGCUUUCAAGCCCCAUAUGUUGGUUUGGAUCUAAAGUUGUUAUUUCUGGUAGCGAUGGAACAGUCAGACUGGGAGCCUUGUUAUGGUUCAAAUUGGUUCGUAUUGCUGCAGAAUUUGCCGGAGCCAGUUUCAUCAAAUUGGGUCAAUGGGCUGCUAGUCGUACGGAUAUUUUCCCUAAAGGAUUAUGUGAUGAAUUAAGUGAAUUGCACUCGAAUGCUACGGUUCAUCUGUUGGAGAAGACCAAGAAGAUUGUGAGUAGUAGUUUUGAACUCCCCUUUGAGGAGAUCUUUGAUGAGUUCAACGAAACACCAUUGGGGGUUGGAGCUAUUGCACAAGUAUAUGUGGGGAAAUUGUCAGCUAAAGUCAUUGAACAAACAAAGCAGAGAGAAUUAGAAGAAAAGAAGAACAAGAAGAGUUCAGAAGAUCACAAAGAUCAACAAUGGUGGCAGAAUCUCGUGGUUACUGAACAUAAACUUUCAAGCAAUACACUUGUAGCUAUAAAGGUGUUGCAUCCCAAUGUGGAAGUGAAAAUUAAUCGUGAUUUAAAGUUGAUGAAGUUUUUCGCUAGUGCUGUCAACGCCAUUCCUACCAUGGAAUGGUUAUCACUACCUGAUGAAGUGGAACAAUUUAGUUUAUUAAUGAAGUUACAAUUAGAUUUGAGGAUAGAAGGUUUAAACUUGGCUAGAUUUAGACGGAAUUUUCAAGAUAAAUUGGAAGUUUAUUUUCCUAAACCAUAUUUGAAUUAUACAACACGAGAGAUAUUGGUGGAAGAAUUUAUUGAGGCUAUUCCUAUGAGUACCAUGCUUAAGUUAAAAUCUGAAGAGCCCCGUGAUUUCCAAAGUCCUCCAUUAUUUAAAGAAAUUAGUGAUAAAGGUUUGGACGCAUUUUUGAAGAUGUUAAUUCUAGAUAACUUCACUCAUGCAGAUUUACAUCCGGGGAAUAUGAUGGUCAGGUUUUAUAAGAAUGAGUUAUACAAACAUGAAAAGGAAUACAAGAUUGUUAAGUCAAGCAAUAGUGAGGAAGAAACCAAUAGAAUUACCGAUGAUAUGAAACAAUUAAAGACAAAUGAAGAAUGGUAUAAUAAAUUGAAUCAAUUAUAUGAAGAUGGAUAUCAUGCCGAGAUUUGUUUUCUUGAUGUGGGACUUGUUACUGAAUUGAAUCAUGAAGAUAGAAUUAAUUUUAUUGAUUUAUUCCGAGCAUUGAGUGAAUUUGAUGGAUAUAGAGCAGGGGAAUUAAUGGUGGAAAGAUCUAGAACUCCACAAACAGUUAUAGAUAAAGAAGUUUUUGCACUCAAAGUGGAGAAAUUAGUUGAUCGAGUUAAACAAAGAACAUUUACUUUAGGAAGUGUUAGCAUUGGAGAUUUAUUAGAUAAAGUCUUGAGUAUGGUGAGAACACAUCAUGUUAGAAUGGAAGGAGAUUUUGUUAGUAUUGUUGUGGCAAUCUUAUUACUGGAGGGGAUAGGAAGACAGUUAGAUCCUCAGUUGGAUUUAUUUGCAAGAGUCAUGUACAUCCUGUAUGGAAUCUCUAAAUCAGAUUUCGACUACAAUGAACGGAUAAUGAUGUUUCCCGCUGAGGUUGAUACCACCAAACAUAGUGGCUGCUCUCUUAAAUCAGAUACGACUGAUAAUAAUAAUAUUGAUCAUGAUAUUGAUGGUGAGACUACGCCCAUUGAGGAAGUAGAAGAGGAAGAUGACUCUUUGUUUCUGCAUAAGCCGUCACCUAGUGCUGCCACCAGCAGGACCACCACUGCCUGCACUAGCACCACCACUGAUCAACAGAAGGAUAGCUUGAAACUUCCAACAGAUAAGGAGUGCGAAAAGGCCUGGACCCAUGGGUUCGAAGUGCCCUAUGUGUUCUUUGAAUACCAUCGUCAAAAGCAGUCGAGACAAAAGGUAAACAUCAGUGUUGAUGGCCAAGAUAUCGUCUAUGUUCCUAAAGCAGUGUUGAGAGAACCCAAGAGUUGUGCCAACGGUGGCUCCACUCGUAAUAACUCAAUUGAUUCAGAAGACACAGACAAUGGUGUAUCAGUAUUUCACCACAACAGUACUAAUACCAAUAAGAAGCUUGAUUCCAGGAAGGAGGCAAAAGUCUUGACCAAGGAUGUGGCCAGAAGUAACUUGGCUCCUUACUUCUCCAUUCCCUCCGCAACCCUUACAGUCCCCAGUUUUAUGGAUGUGAUAAAUAACCCUGAGUAUGCUGAUUUCAAGAAUCAUUUCAUCAAAAUCUGUUACCAGAAUCAUUAUGAUCUCAAUGAAACAACCUAUACCUUUGGAGGACUUUAUUUAUCUGAUUCUCUUAAAACUUUAGGGAUCCCCAACCACACGGAUUUAAGUAAGAUCUCUGUUCAUUUCCCGUAUGAAUUACCUCCUUAUGUUAAUUCAGAUAUCAUGAAGAACCCCUUGAUGAAUCAGAGUAAUUUGUUUUUCAGUUUUGAUCCUAUCAAUUCAAGAGUAGUUGCAGUUGAGAACAUCAACGAUGAAAACUACCCUUUCAAUGUCAAUUGCUUACAGAGCACCAAGAUCUCUGAUCGUCAUAUCUUUUUCUAUGGUGGCUGGCUUGUAUCUGUUGAUUCAGUCGAAUAUAAUGAAAAGGAAGAUAGAUGGAUCAUUUAUAAGAGUUUCAAGUUAAAUGAAUAUGGAUAUAUUCUUAAUGCUUUUGCCUUGAAAUUCACCAGAGUGGAGAUUCACUCCAAGAGUUCCAAAUCUUCAGACCACCAACAGAUGAAAAUGGCAAGACCCAGAAUUGGUACAUGUAUGGUAAGUAGUACCAUUGAAGAGAGCGAAGGGAAUUCUGACGGAAUAUUACCUUCUCAUAUGAUGGUUCACAGUUCCAAUUCUUCAAACACCGUAUCAACAGAAGUGCUUCCUUCUUCUUCAUCUUCAUCUUCACCUUUGACUGUUGUUGAGAAUAAUACUAGUAGUCCAACCAGUAGAUUACCACCACAGCAAUAUCCCAGUGCUGUAUCUGCGGCUGCUUCACGACGUUCUCCACCUCCAAUGUUCUUACCACCUGUUCAUCCUGAGAUCCCUGAACAUAAUAAGUUGAAAAUUAUAACUACAAACGACUCGGGCAAAGCAACUACGACCUUGGACUCUAUGAAAGCUCAGGCUAGUGCAGUGACUCAUUCUCCUUCAGUACGUGUGGCUGGUGCACUUUUGAACAAAUCCAAAAGUAUAUUCCACCGUUCCAGUAGCAACACUGGCAAACAUACAACAGUGUCAAGUCCUCCACAGAACAUUAUUCAUAAGAACUCUACAGGAUCAUUGACACCACCAACAGUAAAGAACAGUUCCAACAACAGUUCAACCACGACUCCAUCACCUGUUGUUAGACCACGUGGGCUUUCAGAAACCAAAACUGGAGAUUACAAGAUCCCCCCAUCUGCACUUCACACUGGCGGUUCCAAUGCCAGUAAAUCAAAGAUAGCAUCGUUUGCUGAAGAUGAAGCAUCGUUGAGUUCAACCAAAUCAACAGCGUCGGUGACUUCCAAUAUGAAUAAUAAUAAUAAUAAUAGGACAGAAAUGCCACCUUCAAAGAAGGAAGAGUUUUAUUUUGGGUCUAAUGGAGUUGCACAGGAUAACUUCCGUUCCGAAUCAAGUUGCAAGCAGUCCACGUUGCUUGAUAAGGAGCCAAAGGGAGUUACCAUAUUCAUAUUUGGAGGGUUUGUCUUAGACUUAAAACCUGAUGAUGAUGGCAUAUAUCAUUUCUCUGCCACUUCUGAAAUGCUUAAGAUUGAAUUAGGGUUGAUUACUCCUCAAGAUCCGGACCAGACGCAUGGUCUGAACUAUUCCAAGAUUCAUUUCAGUUCCAAGGCUACGAUUCAAUCGCUUCGAUUAGCAGAGAAUUGCCCAUGUCGCAGAAACGAUGAUACUACUACUGAAGAAGUAUGUGAUAGUUGUUGGUGGCCCGAACCUCGAGGGUAUUUUGCAUCAGCAUUGAUUGAUGAUUUCCCCAAUAUUAUUGAGGCCUGUGAGAUCCGAGUGUUUGAUACGUCUUUAUAUAAAGUGGAAUCCAACACUUCGUAUUCACAACUAAGUGAAGGGGAUGAAGGGUCUAAUAACCCCACGUCUUCAAGUAUCAGUGUAAAUGCAGCUGGAUUCUUCAGUAAGAAGGUAUUGGUUGUCCAUGGAGGUAUCAAUGCUGAAGGUAAGACAUUUGCAGAUUUCAUUGUAUUCUCUUUCCUGACUGGAAGAUGGGAACUGAUGACUACUUAUUGUCAUGAUUACUUCAAUGUACCCAAACAACCAUUUGAAGAUGACGAUUCUAGUAUGUUUACUAAAGAAAAAGAAGCCAAUGAUAGUCCUUUAAUGGAAGCAGAACUCCGUGCUUGUCACCAUACAAUGUUAUACUAUAAAUGGGAAGACCGAGGAUACUUGUUUUUCCUUGGGGGUUUCAUGAAUGAUUUUCUUCGAUUACAUGAAAAGGAGCCUUAUUACAGUGAUAAGCUUGAUAUCACCAGAUUCACAAGAUUCCAAUUUUCAACCAACAAUACUAAUCUACUUCGUAUCCCUGUCUUGAAUCUCCAGACUCAAACUUGGUCAUUUUUACGUUACUACUAUGAUGUGAAUGGUCUGAUAAGUGACGAGUUUCAAGAGUUGCUCAAGACCAAUUCUGGUUGGUCCAAUGCCAGGUUUUCCAAUUAUGGGGGGUCCAUAUCCAUAAACGGCAAGGUUAUCACCAUGUGUCAUGGAUUAGUUGUUCCUGUCCCUGAAAGACUUGAAGACUUGGAAAAACUAAAAAAAGACUGUCCUCAAGGUUAUUUGUUAUGGGGUGCUCAUGUGUUCUUUACCUUCCCUAUAAUGUAG